AUGGUGGCGAGCGCGCGGGUGCAGAAGCUGGUGCGGCGCUACAAGCUGGCGAUCGCCACGGCGCUGGCCAUCCUGCUGCUGCAGGGCCUGGUGGUGUGGAGCUUCAGCGGCCUGGAGGAGGACGAGCCGGGCGAGAAAGGAAGGCAGAGGAAGCCACGGCCCCUGGACCCCGGCGAGGGCUCCAAGGACACGGACAGCUCAGCCGGGCGGCGCGGCAGCGCAGGCAGAAGGCAUGGGCGCUGGCGGGGCCGUGCUGAGAGCCCGGGCAUGCCCGUGGCCAAGGUGGUCCGUGCUGUCACCAGCCGGCACAGGGCCAGCCGCCGGGUCCCACCGGCCCCGCCCCCGGAGGCCCCCGGCCGCCAGAACCUGAGCGGGGCGGCAGCCGGGGAGGCGCUGGUCGGGGCGGCUGGCUUUCCACCACAUGGAGACACGGGGAGUGUGGAGGGCGCCCCUCAGCCCACGGACAAUGGCUUCACCCCCAAGUGCGAGAUCGUGGGCAAGGACGCGCUGUCCGCACUGGCCCGGGCCAGCUCCAAGCAGUGCCAGCAGGAGAUCGCCAACGUGGUGUGCCUGCACCAGGCCGGGAACCUCAUGCCCAAGGCUGUGCCCCGGCACUGCCAGCUGGCUGGGAAGAUGAACCCCGGCAUCCAGUGGGACGAGGUCCGGGCCCAGCAGCCCGUGGACGGCCCCCCAGUACGAAUCGCCUACAUGCUGGUGGUUCAUGGCCGUGCCAUCCGCCAGCUAAAGCGUCUCCUCAAGGCUGUCUACCAUGAGCAGCAUUUCUUUUAUAUCCAUGUAGACAAGCGCUCCAACUACCUGCACCGCGAGGUGGUGGAGCUGGCCCGGCAAUAUGAUAAUGUGCGGGUGACACCCUGGCGCAUGGUCACCAUCUGGGGCGGGGCCAGCCUGCUGCGGAUGUAUCUGCGGAGCAUGCAGGACCUGCUGGAGGUGCCUGGCUGGGCCUGGGACUUCUUCAUCAAUCUUAGUGCCACCGACUACCCAACCAGAACCAACGAGGAGCUGGUGGCUUUCCUGUCUAAGAACCGAGACAAGAACUUCCUCAAGUCACAUGGCCGGGACAACUCCAGGUUCAUCAAGAAACAGGGUCUGGACCGGCUCUUCCAUGAGUGUGACUCACACAUGUGGCGCCUGGGUGAGCGGCAGAUCCCAGCAGGCAUCGUGGUGGACGGCGGCUCCGACUGGUUCGUGCUGACACGCAGCUUUGUGGAGUAUGUGGUAUACACAGACGACCCGCUCGUGGCUCAGCUGCGCCAGUUCUACACAUACACGCUGCUCCCCGCCGAGUCCUUCUUCCACACGGUGCUGGAGAACAGCCCGGCCUGCGAGAGCCUGGUGGACAACAACCUGCGCGUCACCAACUGGAACCGCAGGCUAGGCUGCAAGUGCCAGUACAAGCACAUUGUGGACUGGUGUGGCUGUUCGCCCAACGACUUCAAGCCGCAGGACUUCCUCCGGCUGCAGCAAGUCUCCAGACCCACCUUCUUCGCCCGGAAGUUUGAGUCGACUGUGAACCAGGAGGUACUGGAAAUCCUGGACUUCCACCUGUAUGGCAGCUACCCGCCGGGCACGCCAGCCCUCAAGGCCUACUGGGAGAACACCUAUGAUGCAGCCGAUGGCCCUGGUGGGCUCAGUGACGUCAUGCUCACCGCUUACACCGCCUUCGCCCGCCUCAGCCUGCGCCAUGCUGCCACCGCUAUACCCCCACUGGCCACCCCACUCUGCAGGUUUGAGCCCAGGGGCUUGCCGUCCAGCGUGCACCUGUAUUUCUAUGACGACCAUUUCCAGGGCUACCUGGUGACGCAGGCGGUGCAGCCCUCAGCCCAGGGGCCGGCAGAGACGCUUGAGAUGUGGCUGAUGCCCCAGGGGUCGCUGAAGCUGUUGGGGCGCAGUGACCAGGCCAGCCGGCUCCAGAGUUUGGAGGUUGGCACUGAGUGGGACCCCAAAGAGCGUCUCUUCCGGAACUUUGGGGGUUUGCUGGGGCCACUGGAUGAGCCUGUAGCCAUGCAGCGCUGGGCCCGGGGCCCCAACCUCACAGCUACUGUGGUGUGGAUCGACCCCACCUACGUGGUAGCCACGUCUUACGACAUUGCGGUAGACGCGGACACCGAGGUCACGCAGUACAAGCCCCCACUGAGCCGGCCCCUGCGGCCCGGGGCCUGGACUGUCCGACUGCUUCAAUUCUGGGAACCCCUGGGUGAGACCCGCUUCCUCGUGCUGCCGUUGACCUUCAACCGCAAACUACCUCUCAGGAAAGAUGAUGCCAGCUGGCUGCACGCCGGGCCACCCCACAACGAGUACAUGGAGCAGAGUUUCCAGGGCCUUAGUGGCAUCCUGAACCUGCCUCAGCCAGAGCCCGCAGAGGAGGCCGCCCGCCGGCACGCAGAGCUCACAGGCCCGGCACUUGAGGCCUGGACAGAUGGGGAGCUGAGUGGCUUCUGGUCUGUGGCCGGACUGUGUGCCAUGGGCCCCUCCGCCUGCCCCUCCCUGGAGCUCUGCAGACUGACCAGCUGGAGCUCUGUGUUCCCCGACCCCAAAUCAGAGCUGGGGCCUGUCAAAGCAGACGGGCGACUCAGGUAG